CCACAUUCACUGAGUUCAUACCGAAAAGCUCUGGAAAGUAUGAAGAAAUUUACCAGAAAACAGUUAAUGGAGGGGAUGCUUUCCAGUGUAUAUAGUGGAAACGAUUCUUCGUGGCUUCUACCUCAAAAUCUGCUCGUAGGUUUUCUUCGGAUUCGAAGCUCAGCUCAAGCACAACAUGUCUGGUGGCGACGGCAACGGCGGCCGCGGCGGCCUAUUCUUCGCGGUGAAGAAGUUAUUGCAUCAUCGCUCAUUUUUCCGGAGUCGAGGAGAAAAUCACCUCUCCACAAGUUCCCCUAGGAAAAAUUCAAGCCCUUCAAGCUCAAUUCAAAGAGGCACAUUUUCUCCAUCUCAAACCAGUUUGUUAUCAGAGGAGUCUUUGCCCAGAAAUGCUGGUAAUGAGUUGAGGUUUGAUAUUGAGAGGAUUUCACUUAAGAGUUCUGAAGAUGGAUUGCCAAACUCGGUGUCAUCUGCUGAUGAAGACUCCCAGCAAGGCCAUAAUCAAACCAUCUAUGCAUCACCUGUUUCAUCUUUCACUCCAUGUGUUACUAGGAAUAGUUCAAUCUCUUCUGGUUCAUUUCAAGGAGAAGGAUCAUCCCCAUCUCAUCCCCACUUGUGUGAUGGGGAACUUUUUCCCACAAUUGCAGGCGAUGAGCAGGGGUUUAGUGACGAGAUAAUGUCUGUUAAGAGUUCUGAAGGUGCACUGGAAAACUCAGAUAGCCAUUUUUCUAUGCUUUCAUUGAUGAGCAAUAUGUCAUCUGCUGAUGAAGACUCCCAGCAUGGCCAUAAUCAAACCACCACUGCAUCACCUGCUUCAUCUUGCACUCCAUGUGUUUCUAGGAUUGGUUCGAUCUCUUCUGCUGCACAUCUAGGAGAGGGGUCAUCUUUGUCUCAUCCCCAUCCAUGUUAUGGGGAAUCUUUACCCAUAAUUUCAGGUGAUGCGCAGGGGUUUGAUACUGAGAGGAUGCUACUUAAGAGGUUUGAAGACGGAUUGGCAAUCUCGGUUAGCCAAUUUUCUACAUUUCCAUUGAUGAACCAUGCGUCAUCUGCUAAUGAAAACUCCCAGCAAGGCCUUAAUCAAACCACCACUGCAUCACCUGCUUCAUCUUGCACUCCACGUGUUUCUAGGACUAGUUCGAUCUCUUUUGGAGCAUUGAUGAAUAAUGUGUCAUCUGCUGCUGAAGACUCCCAGCAAGGCCAUAAUCAAACCACCUCUGCAUCACCUGAUUCAUCUUGCGCCCUGCAUGUUUCUAGGAAUAGUUCGAUCUCUUCUAGUGCAUAUCAAGGAGAGGGAUCAUCUCUGUCUCGUCCCCAUUCGUGUUCUGGAGAAUUUUUGCCCAUAAUAGCUUGUAAUGAGCUGUGGUUUGAUGAUGAGAUUAUGUCUCUUGAGAGUUCUCAAGAUAGGUACAAAAGUAUGAGCUCAGUUCAUACUCAGGGCUAUAUCUCUGUAUCACCUCUUUCAACAAUCUCAACUGACCUUAGGCAAAGUUCAUUCCAUUAUAGUGCAAUCCAAAGAGAAUCAUCUCCAUCUCGUCCCCGUUUCUCUUCUGAUGAAUCUUUGUACGGUAUUCCACGUUAUAUGCUGAGUUUUGACAUGGAGAGGAAUUCUCGUAAGAGUUAUGAAGAGUGGCUGACAGGCUCAGGAAAGGGAAGUAUAAGCUCAGGGAAUUCAAGCAUUUUACGUGCAGCUAUUGGUGAUGUAAAUCAGGUUUAUUAUUUCGUAUCCCCAGUGGGGCUACAAUCUCAUCUUCAGUCAAUUUUCCGCAGAGCAUGUGAAAGCCUUGUUCCAAGAAUGAUUUCUUCCUCUGCCACUGAAGCAAGGGCAUAUCGUGUGGAAGUCGAGAAUCAUAUUAAGAAGCUUGUUGAGGACUUGCAGGUCACUUCUACUGAUGUGCUCAGAAAUGCAGCAGCUGAACUCCAAUUGCUUGCCAGUCUGAAUACGGACAACCAGAUUUUGAUUGCAAACCAUGGUGCCAUCAGCUUGUUGAUUAACCUUCUGCAUUCUGUAGACACGAAAUUACAGGAAAGUGCUGUUAUAGCACUUCUGCACUUGUCAGCUAAUGAUAACAACAAGUGCAGGAUAGUUGAUGCUGAUGCAAUUGAACCACUGAUUCGUGUCCUUUCAACUGGGAGCCCAGAGGCUCAAGAAACCUCUGUUGCCACUCUUUUCAACUUGUCAGAUAUUGAGGGAUUUAAGGUUAGGAUUUGUAGGGCAAUAAAAGCUGUUGUUGAAUUAUUGGCAAAUGGAACUCCCAGGGGCAAGAAAGAUGCAGCUACAGCUUUGUAUUACUUAUCUAUACUUGAUGAACACAAGUAUCGUAUUGUGCAGGCAGGUGCAGUGAAGUACCUCAUAGAGUUGAUGCACCCUGAUGUUGGGAUGGUUGAUGAAGUAGUUUGUAUUUUGUCUAAUCUUUCUUCCAUUUCUGAGGGAAGUUCAGAAAUUUGUCAAGAAGGAGGGAUCCCUAUUCUGGUUGAGGUUCUCAAGGUGGGAUCUUCAAGAGCUAAGGAGGAUGCAGCUGUUGCUCUCCUGCAAUUAUGCACCGACAACAGGCAGUGCUGCAAUAUGGUUCUCCAGCUUGGAGCUGUCUCUCCAUUAAUAGUGUUGUCCCACAGCAGUAACCCCAGAGCACAACAAUUGGCACAGAGACUUCUUAACUACUUAAGAGAGUAUUGCAAUAGAGAAGGUGAUGGGCAGCAUGUGAAUCUUGGGAGGAUGUCUCUUCAGACUUCUACAGACCGGUUAGCACUCUCAAGGGAUAUUAGUAAAAAGUCAGUUAGUCGCAAAAGGAGGAAAUCCUCUAUGCUACCUGAGGUUGAAAAGCUUUGCGACAACUCUUACAACCAGUUGUAUAAAGCAACCAACGGUUUCUCUAACACAAAUUUGAUUGGUUAUGGAUGUUUUAGCACUGUUUACAGAGGAAAACUUGAGAAAGGUGAAAGUUUUGGCACAGUUUAUAGUAUACUCAGGCAACAUGAGGAACAAACUUUUGCAGUAAAGGUUCUUGACCUUCUAAAAAACGGUGCUUCAAUGAUCUUCCAUUCAGAAUGUGAGAUACUAAGGAAUAUACGCCACAGAAAUCUUGUUCGAAAUUUGGCAUGCUGCUCAAGCUAUGAUUUCGAAGGUAAUAAAUUCAAAGCUCUAGUUUAUGAGUUCAUGGAAAAUGGGAAUCUUGAUUCAUGGUUGCAUACACAUUUUGCUGCAAGGACAAAUGUUUUGAGUGUCAUUCAAAGGUUAAACAUUGCUAUUGAUGUAGCUUCUGCAUUGCAUUAUCUUCACCAUGAUCACAAACCACCUGUUAUUCAUUGUAAUUUGAAGCCAAGUAACAUUUUUCUUGACGAAGACUUAACUGCUCAUGUUGGAGAUUUUGGGUUAUCAAUGUUUUAUUCACCGACAAUGGAAGAUUUGUCUGGAGAACAAACUAGAAUUGUCGAAAUAAAGGGGUCCAUAGGCUACAUUCCACCAGAAUAUGGGGUAGGAGCAAAGGCAUCAACAUUUGGAGAUGUAUAUAAUUAUGGAAUUCUUUUGCUAGAAAUGUUCACUGCAAAGCGACCCAAUGAUAAAUGUCGUAGUCUCUAUGAGUAUGUUGCGACAGCAUUGCCAGAGCGAGUGAUGGAGAUUGUGGACCCAUUGCUUCUAGCAUACCUAGAAAGCAUCCAUGAAAAGGAUAGAUUGUUGGACACUUAUGGAAAUUUGGUGAAAAUUGAAGAGGACAAUAUGCAUAGUUUCUUCCUCUCCAUCUUCAAAAUCGGGCUCUCUUGUGCUUCUACAUCGCCAUUAGAUCGAAUGCAUAUGGAAGAUGUUGUCAAAGAGUUACAUAAGAUAAAAAAGAUGUUUCCAGAGAGUUACAUGAGAUAAAAGUAGCUUCUUGCAUAAGAAUAAGAAAACAUGUAUUGAAAGAAAUAUCAUCACAUGUGAUUAUGUGAACUUGGGAUUAAUUUAAGGUGAUUUGGGAACGUUGCUAAAGCAAUUGGAUUAGCAAUUGGUGUUAAACCGGGGUGCUUUGCUAAUAUUGGGAGAGCGAUGAAGCAUUUUUGAUAAGUAUGAGGACUCCACAUAGUAGGACAGAAGCAAGCAAGGGAAGGGAAGGAAGAACUGAAAAUCGAAGUCAGAACCGCCACCAUGACAGGUUCAUGUCCUCGAGACAGGCAGCCCCGAGGCUAAAGAAAAAGCUGCU